AUGGCUCCUAAGCCCUGGAAUGCCGCCAAUAUGUCUCCAUCAGCCCUUGUGACGACUAGCUCACUCCGUCCUCCGAGAUCAAAACUAGGAUGCAAGACUUGCAACAACACUGGCCGCAAGUGCGAAUACGAAGGCACAACAAUCUCCCCCAAACCCGCCAGCCCGCUUUCAUUAUCGCCAAACACAGUAUGGCGAGAACGCCGUGCCUUUGCUUACUAUUUUGAGGAGGCCGCACCGUCCGUGGGCGGCGACCUGGACGUUGAUUUCUGGCGCACCAUCGUCCCGCAGGUUUGUCGGAGCGAACCCGCCGUGUGGGAUGCCAUCAACUCCAUUUCUGCUCUGUUUGAGAGUCCCGAGCCAUUCCCGGAUAUCGCCUUCGUACGCCAGGGAGAUCACUGCACGCUCAAUCAAAACCACCGGGACGCCAUUGGCUGGUAUUCGCGCUCGGUGUCUGCCAUUCGUCAACGCAUUGAGCGCGGUGACGUCGACAUUUUUGUUGGGCUGGUCAGCUGUGUGCUCUUUAUCUGUAUUGAAGCCCUCCAGGGAGGUGUAGAGGAGGCAUUGCAGCUUUAUGGUCAGGGCGUGCAUCUCAUUCACACUUUGCGCGCUCAGGCAUCUGCCGGCGUCGUGUCAGCUGCUCACGCUUUCUUGGUUGAGGAUACAAUUGUUCCGAUCUUCAUCCGUCUAGGAGCAAUCGCCCCCACCAUUUCCAGCAACCCAGUGCGCACGUUGCUGUUGGACACUGAGGAGACAUAUGAGUUUGUCUCUCUCAAGUCCGCUCGGGACGCCAUGGUCCUCCUCGGCACAGAAGCCCAGCUCUUUCAACGCACCUGUGUCAAAUAUAUACGAAAAUCUCAUGUCUCUCACGUGUCCCCAGAAUUGGAAGCUCAACAGAUAGCCCUGUCAACCAGGCUAAGGAAAUGGCACACUGCCUUUACAGACUUGAUGGGGUCUCUUGGCACGAAAUACGUUUUAUCACCGCAACAGAUUGGCACCGGUGCCCUUCUUGUCGCUUAUCACGAAACACUGCUUGUCCUGCUCGCGACCUGCGUAACGUCGCGAUCAGAGAUCCUAACUGACGCCUAUCUCCCAAACUUCCAAACUAUAAUUGAGCAGUCCCGGAUCGCUCUUGACGCUUCGGCGCGAUCAGACGGCACACAACCACCAUUUACGUUUGAUGCCAGCGUCGCCGGUCCGCUUUGGUUCACCUGUCUCAGAUGCCGCGAUCCCGGCUUCCGACGCACAGCACUAGCCCUGCUGCGUCGAACGCCGCACGUGCACGGGUUCUACAAGAACACGCACGCGACAACCUUUAUCGAAAAGAUGGUGGUGGUAGAAAAGACGUUGGCGGUGAAGGCCGUGCAAGGAACGGCCAAUUCCGGGACAGUGGAAUCAUCCAACACACCCAUCCCAGAAGAGGCACGCCUUGGACCCGUCACUGUCUUUCGAGCCCGAGACGGCGUUUUUGCGAUUCUCGCGGAACAAGCACGAUCCGGCUAG